UGCACCUUUUGCAUGCAACUCGAGAGAAGAAGAUUAUCUCGCGCGAUAUUGAUCAAGUUUUCACACAGAAGUUCAACUUCAGAUCAUACAACCACGAGAGGAGCACGAGGGAGUUGUGUCAGUAUAUAUUUGUUCGAUAUACAAUCUACUGUUGGGUAAUGGACAAUCGUGGCAAAGCAAAAAGAACUCGAAAGAGGAAAAUCUUCAAUGACUUUGUUAAUGACUUGGACCUUGAAAACGACAGUGACAUGACUGACAUUGAGUUAACCCAGCUUAGUCAAAGUCUUCUGCCAGCAAAAAAACGAAAAACAGAGUCUAAUCCAAAUAAAAACAAACAAGCUGUUAAAAGGACUGUGUCCUAUCCAGAUCCUCCUCCAAAAUACAAACAUCCAAAACCCAUGCCAGGUCAACACAAACCAAAUAAAGAUGUUGCAAAUUCUACAAACAAUAAAAAAAAAGAAGAUCAACUUUUGUGUCCAACACACUUGGAUGAGACGUGCCCGACCCCUGUCUUUGUCUACCCUACGUUAAGUUGUGAUAGCACACUUCAUGACAAUAAACAUCAGUAUCAAGAUGGUGUUAUUGAUCUAUACCCUAGAAUAAUCAAUGACACCAUGAGACGGUCACAUAAUGAACAGCCAUCUUCCAGAAAUCAGGAAACGUUCUACAGGCCACCGUGGACAACUGAAAGAGUAUUGUCUACAGUCCCAAAUUCUGGAUUGACGCCCCAGUCACAGAGAGCACCCCAGUCCCAGAGGGCACCGCAGUCCCAGAGGACACCGCAGUACCAGAGGGCACCGCAGUCCCAGAGGACACCCCAGUCCCAGAGGACACCCCAGUCCCAGAGGACACCCCAGUCCCAGAGGGCACCGCAGUACCAGAGGACACCGCAGUACCAGAGGACACCGCAGUACCAGAGGGCACCGCAGUCCAGAGGGCACCGCAGUCCCAGAGGACACCCCAGUCCCAGAGGACACCCCAGUCCCAGAGGGCACCGCAGUCCCAGAGGACACCGCAGUCCCAGAGGGCACCCCAGUACCAGAGGACACCCCAGUCCCAGAGGGCACCCCAGUCCCAGUCCCAGAGGGCACCCCAGUCCCAGUCCCAGAGGGCACCCCAGUCCCAGUCCCAGAGGGCACCCCAGUCCCAGUCCCAGAGGGCACCCAGUCCCAGUCCCAGAGGGCACCCCAGUCCCAGUCCCAGAGGGCACCCCAGUCCCAGUCCCAGAGGGCACCCCAGUCCCAGUCCCAGAGGGCACCCCAGUCCCAGUCCCAGAGGGCACCCCAGUCCCAGUCCCAGAGGGCACCCCAGUCCCAGUCCCAGAGGGCACCCAGUCCCAUCCCAGUCCCAGAGGGCACCCAGUCCCAGUCCCAGUCCCAGAGGGCAUCCCACUGUAUGUUCACAUAACGAACAGCCAUCUGCCAGACGGAGAAUUUAUGAUUCGUUCUCCAGGCCAUCUGGGGCAACCGAAAGAGUAUUGUCUCCUGUCCCAAAUUCUUCACGGGCGCCCCAGUCCCAGAGGACACCCCAAUCCCAGAGGACACCCCAGUCCCAGAGGACACCCCAGUCCCAGAGGGCACCCCAGUCUGCAUCGAGGAGUGAGCACAGACCUGACGGUGGUACCAGACCCUCAAAGAGUGCCUACCCCAUGUCAACCACAAAAUUUCAAAGGAAGGUCUUUUCAAUGUUGUUCGAUUUGAAAGAUCAACUUAAGCAAAUAGUUGGCAUUCUGGACCCUGGCAGGUCUACAACAUCUCUAAAGAAGAUGGAUUCAGAGAGUGACCUAAAACUCUUUGAAGAAUCCAUCAAAGAUGUUGAUGUCAAGUUGAUCUGUGUAAGUUUUGACAUAAAGAAUAUGUAUAUAUGUAUUUGUAUGUGUAUAUAGUUCCAUGUAUCUUUC